GAGCUAUAUUGUUCCAAAAAAGAUCAAUUUUUGCCCUGAAAAAUACAUGAUUCCUGCAAAAUCCAAGUGGGACAAGGAAGAAGACGAUCCGCUAGAUGAACAGUGGUAUUUCCUUGAAAAAGAACGGAGAAAAAAGGCCAAAUAUAAGAAAUCUAGUGAAAAAAUAAGUGAUAAAAGAAACCUAGCAAAGAAAGAGGCCAUAAAUGACAGAGAAAAAGCUGAUAUAGAAGAAGAAGAAGCCCAAGAACCUGUAGAACAUGUUAAUAGAGGAUAUUCGGAUGAAUCAAAAGUAAUAAACCAAGUUGAAGAUCCAGAAAAAAAGUUUAAAAAAAUAAAACAAGAAACAACGUUGAAAACAAGCCUAAAUAUAGAAAGAAAAGCUGGAAUAAAUCGUUGUAGAAGUGUAGAAAAUUAUACAUGUUUGAAUCAUAUUGAAGAAGGGUCCUAUGGGAUCGUAUAUAGAGCCAAGAAUAAUGAAACAGGAGAAAUUGUAGCAUUGAAGAAGUUAAAGCUUGAUCAGGAGAAGAAUGGAUUUCCUAUAACCAGUCUGAGGGAAAUAAGAUCAUUAUUUGCACUUGAACAUCCUAAUAUUGUUAAUAUACGUGAAAUUGUAGUAGGUGAUUCAUUAGCAGAGAUAUAUAUUGUGAUGGAUUUCGUUGAUCAUGAUUUAAAGUCUUUAAUGGAGGAUAUGACCCAAAAUUUUUUACAAUCUGAAGUAAAAACAUUGAUGCAACAACUUUUAUCAGCAACAGCACAUAUGCAUGACAAGUGGAUUUUACAUAGAGACCUUAAGACAUCAAAUCUUUUGAUGACAAAUCGAGGAAUGAUAAAAAUUGCUGAUUUCGGCCUUUCAAGAUAUCAUGGCAAUCCAAUACCGCCUAUGACACAAUUAAUUGUUACUCUUUGGUAUAGAUCCCCAGAAAUCCUUUUGGGUGCACAUGAAUAUGGAACAGCAGUUGAUAUGUGGUCAAUUGGAUGCAUUUUUGCAGAAUUAUUAACAAGAGAACCUUUAAUACGUGGUAUAGGUGAAAUUGAUCAACUUUCAAAAAUAUUCGAUCUUAUUGGUGUACCAACAGAAGAGACUUGGCCUGGGUUUAUGAACCUUCCUAAUUCAAAAAAUAUAUAUUUCCCAAAGAAAAAAUCCAGUAUUGGCUCUCGUUUAAGAACAAAAUUCCCUUUCUUAACAAAUGCCGGUAUCGAUCUCCUUUCAAACCUACUAACACUUGAUCCUAAUAAACGAAUCUCUGCUCUCGAUGCUUUACAUCAUCCUUAUUUCACUGAAGACCCAAAACCUAAGGAACCUGCUCUUUUUCCAACUUUUCCAAGUAAAGCAAGUGAAGAAAGACGUAGGCGCCAUCAUACUCCUGAUGCUCCUCAUGCACAACAAUACAAUUCCUUCUCAUCAUUCGAUUCUCCUACUCUUUUUGAUACCCAAUCAAAUACUCGUCCUAAUCAUUUCCAACUUCGCAUCUGUUGAAACAUAGAAAAAAAUAUGAUAAAAUAGACCCAAAACACUUCCUUUU